CGGACAGCAUCGAUGUGUCUUGCUUUAUGGCGGCAUUUGGUCAAACGUAGGCCCGAAGGACCCUCCAACACCCGAACCGCCCCAUAAAUCAGUUCGCCACGAGUAACUGAGGGCAUCUUUGUACCAAAGUUAGCAAGAACGGUCCUGUUGGGUGAAGUAGGCGGUCUGCUGUGAUGUGUAAUGCUGUUCAAUACACUGUGUUUCUGUGUGGAAGCUCGGUGAGUUGAAAUGGUUUGAUGGUGGAGCACGUAUUUGGUUUAGGAGUAACGGCUAACACAGCACAGAUGUUCCUGCCUUAUAGAACAUUUAAGGUCCUCGUUCUUCCUCCUAACUUCUAUAUGUGUAAAAAGGUCAGCUGCGUCACUUCUUCUAAGUUUAAGUUGUGCAAGACACCUGAUAUCUGCAGGGUUGCUGACUGGAGACCUCCAGUCCGAACCAGAUGUCCGUGGCAGUUAAAGUAACGACUUCUGACAUUUAUAUGAGCAGUGGACCACAGAACGAGCUGAGCUGCAGGUCCAGUGUCAAUGUAUCCCGGACCUGGCCGCACCUGAACCUGUGACGUCUGAGGGGCUGUAAAUAACAAGGUGUCUGGGUCAACUGACCACCACACAGCAUCACAGCCUCCAGCAGGGAGAGAGCCCUCUAUCUGAACACUGGCAACUGCACAUGCUGUACUGCAGAGAAAAGCUGGUGUAAGGCUUCCGUCCUCUGCCCUGGCUUCUACAAGCAGCAGCCUCACAGAUAGAGCUACCAGCCCACGAGAGGAGUGCUGUACAAGAGCAGUUCUCCUCGCGGGACAUAUUUAAACAGUGCAGCCCAGCCGAUGCCACAUCUUGAUUCAUAUCUCCUUUGUGCCAGAGCAAACAAGUAGUUGAUGGUGUUGACUUUUUACUAAGAACAGUCCAACAGCGGCCGGUGAUAACAGCACAGCUCUCAGCUUGAUUAGCUAUAAUUUAGAUGCCAGAGGACCCAAAUCAAGACUCCACUGAAGAAAAGAGGAAUUAAUUAUUGUUUUUCUUCAUCAUCCUUGAAGUUGUGUGCCUUUUUUUGUUUUUGCUCAGUCAAGUGUAAUCAUGGGGGCCACAGGCUAUGGCUACUACCGGACCGCCAUCUUCCUCUGCAUGUUCAUCGGCUACUCGCUGUACUUCUUCAACAGGAAGACCUUCUCCUUCGUCAUGCCCUCUGUGAUGGAGGAGAUUGAACUGGACAAAGAUGACUUGGGUAUGAUCACCAGCAGCCAGACUAUGGCCUACGCCAUCAGUAAGUUCAUCAGUGGUGUGCUGUCGGAUCAGAUCAGUGCCCGCUGGCUUUUCUCCAUCGGCCUCUUCUUGGUGGGGGGCAUCAACAUAGCUUUCUCCUGGUCUUCCACUGUGCCCAUGUUCUCACUGCUCUGGUUCAUCAACGGCCUGGGACAAGGCUGUGGCUGGCCCCCGUGUGGGAAGGUUCUGCGCAAGUGGUUUGAGCCGUCCCAGUUUGGAACAUGGUGGUCUGUGCUGUCCUGCAGUAUGAACCUGGCAGGGAGUCUGGGUCCAAUCCUGGUCACUGUGCUCCUGCAGUACUACGACUGGAGGACUAUCCUAACCAUGUCAGGCGCUUUCUGUGCUGCCUUCUCAUUUGUUUGUCUGGUGUUUGUAAAGAAUGAGCCGAAGGAUGUGGGCCUGCCCAGCAUCGAGGCAGCAGCCAAGAAGGGGGCUAAGGGAGGCAACAGCGAGAGCACCCUGAGUGAGUUCCUCCUCUCUCCCUUCCUGUGGGUGCUGUCUCUGGGCUACCUGGUGGUGUUUGGGGUGAAGACGGCUGCGACCGACUGGGGACAGCUGUUCCUCAUGCAGGAGAAAGGCCAGACUGUUCUCAUGGGCAGUACCUACAUGAGUGCCUUGGAGGUGGGAGGUUUUGUGGGCAGCCUCGCAUCAGGCUUCAUCACUGACAGAGCUGUAUCUCGGCAAGGCUUGGGCACCCAUGGCAACCCUCGCCAUGGCCUGCUCAUUCUCAUGAUGGCCGGUAUGUAUGUGUCCAUGUACCUCUUCAGAGUCACCAUCACACCUGAAAUCCCAGAGGAGGCUCCUCUUUGGGUCCAAGUCAUUCAUCCCAUUUCUGUCCUCAUUGGUGUGUCAGAAAAAGAGAUCUGGAUCCUCUCCCUCGGUGCUCUGUUUGGAUUUUCUUCUUAUGGACCAAUUGCCUUGUUCGGGGUGAUAGCCAGUGAAAGCGCUCCUUCAAAUUUCUGUGGAACCUCUCAUGCUGUUGUAGCUCUGAUGGCUAAUGUGGGGGCUUUUAUGGCCGGGCUUCCCUUCAGCACUAUUGCCAAACAAUACAGCUGGGACAUGGCUUUCUGGAUAGCUGAGGUGAUAAUGGCCGUCGCCACCGUUGUCUUCUUCCUCGUACGCAACAUGCGCACCAAGAUGGGACGGAUCGCCGAGAAACUGGACUAAUGUACCUUACUGAAAUGAGCCUACUGUCUAUGUCCCCUUAUGUGACUAGAUGGACUGUGUUCUCGCACUGUUGAUGGCUCUGUAUAGAGAAGACUGCACAUUAAUACAACUCCAAUUUGACCAAACAAAACCACUAUCAAACACACACUAAUCUCAGACAUUGUCUCCUGAUUAACUGGGUUGAUGUCGAUGCUCAGGGUGGGUGUGAGUCAUUUAAACCAGUGGUUCUCAACCUUUUUGGUAUCAACAUUGAUACACAUCAGGCUGCAGACCUGUAUUUGGUAAGAUGUAGUAUUAGGGAUUCCCAUCUGAUAAGAUUUAGUUAUUCCAUAACUAGAUUGGCAGAUUAAAAGUGAAGAGUGUGAAACCUAUGAACAGUACAGUCAUACUUAUAUAUUCUCUUAUUGGUCAAUUUUCAGUCAGUGAAAUAGUAUUUAUAAUAUGAAAAUAUUUUUUCUGGGGACCCCCUGGAACCCCCUCAGGGACCCUUGGUUGAGAACCCCUGAUUUAAACCAGUUUAGAUUCACAGUCAGGUGCUUCUGUCCCACAUACUAUACUGAUCUUUUUCCUCAUUCACCAGCACAAAGAUAGAGUAGAUAGAGUAGAUGAUAAUUGUUUAUCACAAGCCAGUAUUUUAAUGCUUCCACUUGAGGCCGUUUUCAUGUCAAGAUCAUCUAAAGGUUAUGAGAGCUUUAUGCAGAAAAACCUGGACAUGAAGAGUAGAUUUUCUGGAGAUAAAGUGGGUGUGUGCUGCUCUCUGCAUACUUUGCCUUCCAUGGAAGUCAGUUAUAUCUAACUUAUUGAAUGUGUACUGAUGGGCCUGUAUAUUCUAGCCUAGUAUCUGUCUAGGUAUUUGCACAAAAAUGUGGUAGCGUGUCAUUUCACUAAUACUGCAAGUAUUUAUAAAAAUGUACCAGGCUCAUUAUGUCACUGAAAUUAAGUAAUCAGAGAUCGUGAUAUUUUUAUACACAGUUCUGUGCUUCAUGGUAGAGAGUAUAACACUCAUGCAGACUCCUUAGACCAUGUCAGCCUUUGUGAUCUGACAUGUUUUUUUAAGAUCAGUCAACAUCACACCUUUGCUACAGGUGUUUUAUCACUACCACUGUGGUUAUGUACAGUAGUUACAAUGCUGGAUUAUAUACAGUUACCUUUCUCAUCUCUUUAAUCUGUGAGUUCAAUAAUAAUGGGUCUGCACUCAGUGCCAUGUUGGCAUGUCUAGAUCUUACUGGAAUUAUACGGAUGACAUCUAAUAAAUGUGAAGUUUUCUUUG